GGGGCCUGCAUUCAUCGCACAGACACCUAAACUAACCCGAAUAAACUUAGCUCCUCAGCUAGUUAGCAACAUAUGUUGAAAUGGCGUCGCUAGAGGAGACAGAACCAACCACAGAACCAGAGAAAUGCCCGGAUGUAACACCAGCAGAGUCCAUAGUGCCCGCUUGUAUGUUUGCACCGGAGCGGGACUGUGCUGAAGAUCCAUGCGGGGAGGACGGCUUGGGAGACGGCGAGGGGACAAACGGAGAGACCGAGGAUCACUUGGAUUUAAGCAGCAAGCUGGUCCUUGUGAGUCCGACAGGGCAACAGUACGAUUCAUUACUACGGCAUCUGAGGGAGCAGAUUGAUGAGGGCUGUGGAGAGACAAUCUACGUGGUUGGGAUGGGCUCAGAUGGGGGAGACUACGGCCUGGACGAGAAGGACAUGGAGGCGUCGGUGGCCACGGUGCGGUCGCUGUGCGAACAGAUCGAGGCCGACCUGAUCUUCCUCAGAGAGCGGACGGACACCGGAGGAAGGAUCCGAGACUACCUCAUCCGCAGGCGCGUGGGUGAGCAGGACUUCCUGGAAGUCAGGGUGGCGGUGGUGGGGAAUGUGGACGCGGGGAAGAGCACUCUGCUGGGGGUUCUGACCCACGGUGAGCUGGACAAUGGCAGAGGCUUUGCUCGCCAGAAGCUCUUUAGGCACAAACAUGAAAUGGAGAGUGGCAGGACCAGCAGUGUGGGCAAUGAUAUCCUGGGGUUUGACCAGGAGGGAGAGGUGGUGAAUAAGCCCGACAGCCACGGCGGCGGCCUGGACUGGACGAAGAUCUGUGAGAAAUCCUCCAAGGUCAUCACCUUCAUCGACCUGGCGGGCCACGAGAAGUACCUGAAGACCACGGUGUUCGGCAUGACGGGACACCUGCCCGACUUCUGCAUGCUGAUGGUUGGCAGUAACGCCGGCAUCGUGGGGAUGACCAAAGAGCACCUUGGUCUGGCUCUGGCCCUCAAUGUGCCGGUGUUUGUCGUGGUGACUAAGAUAGACAUGUGUCCGGCCAACAUCCUGCAAGAGACGCUGAAGCUGUUGCAGAGGCUACUAAAGUCCCCCGGCUGCAGAAAGAUCCCCGUGCUGGUCCAGAACAAGGACGAUGUCAUCGUGACAGCGUCCAACUUCAGCUCCGAGAGGAUGUGUCCCAUCUUCCAGAUCUCCAAUGUGACGGGGGAGAACAUGGACCUGCUGAAGAUGUUCCUCAACCUGCUCUCCUCCAGGACCAACUUCAACAACGACGAGCCCGCCGAGUUCCAGAUAGACGACACUUACUCUGUACCGGGCGUGGGCACAGUGGUGUCGGGGACUACGUUACGUGGAAUGAUACGGCUCAACGACACGCUGCUGUUAGGCCCCGACCCGCUGGGAACCUUCAUCCCCAUCGCCGUGAAGUCCAUCCACCGCAAGAGGAUGCCCGUCAAAGAGGUGCGGGGGGGACAGACGGCGUCCUUCGCCCUCAAAAAGAUCAAGCGCUCGUCGAUACGGAAAGGCAUGGUGAUGGUUUCCCCAAAGCUGAUGCCUCAGGCCACCUGGGAGUUUGAGGCUGAGAUCUUGGUGCUCCAUCACCCCACCACGAUAUCACCCAGAUACCAGGCCAUGGUGCACUGCGGCAGCAUCAGGCAGACGGCCACCAUCCUCACCAUGAACAGAGACUGUCUGCGGACGGGGGACAAGGCCACGGUCCACUUCCGCUUCAUCAAGACCCCCGAGUACCUGCACUGUGACCACAAGCUGGUGUUCAGGGAGGGACGCACCAAAGCUGUGGGCACCAUCACCAAGCUCCUCCAGGCUGUGAACACGCAGGCAGCGAAAGCCCAGCAGGCCAAGAUGCUGUCCAAUAAGAAGAUGUUUGGCACAGGAGCCAAUGAGGAGGCUGGAUCCUCAGAACGACCGCCCAGUCCGAACUCAGCACAGCUACCAAUGAAGUCUGGAGGUGGGGGCCGCCGGAGAGGAGGUCAGAGACAUCGAGGGAAAGGAAUAAACGCUGCAACAAUCUCCACAGCGGUGCCUGCAGGAGCGGCAGGAACCGCCUGAUCAGCAUCUCUUAAUCUGCAGGGCGGUGGCUGCGACUGCGACUGCGACUGCACGGCCUCUGGAUGGAAACGUGUCCUUAAUAUAAUAACUCAUCGAGAGAGAGACAACUUCUUCCACAUUGAGACGAUGUAAAGCUGUAUUUGUGUAACCCGUGGGCUGCUGAGGAGGAUUUUUAUCUAGUUUGAUUGCAGUUCCUUGCGAUUUGAAAUGCAUUAUAUAACCUUUUUCUAUUUGCAUACAGACGUUUGGGGGGUGUUUGUAGUUCUUUCAUUAGCAUUAUCUGAGACCAGCAGAGGCAGAGCAGUCACUCCCCCCCCCCCCCCAACGUACUCUAUCCUUCACAAUCAUAUAUGUUUGUUCCUGUGUUGCUCAUGUGCUGUUCAUCGUCUCCACAUGACGUUCAUUAACCGUUUUCUCGGGCUUCCAUGUCAGUGACAGGAAGAGGAAGUAGCUCCAUGAGACGAGCAGUUCACAGAGGCGAUUGGUUAAAACGAAAAGGGAAUUAAUGCCAACCUUAGAAUAGACCCAACAGCUAGGUGAUCUCUAAAUAUUGUAGAUAUGAAAACUUGCCUUCCUGGUGUCACAGGGGUUCAGUGAGGUUUGUUUACAGGCAGCAGAAAAGUUAUUGUCCUAUCCUGAACCCGCAUAUAAAGAGCAGUGCAGGGACGACGUGGAUUUGUACGCCAACCCGGAAGUUAGAUCUGCAAGGGCUCCCUCCACGAAUAGUCAAUGAGAUUUCUCCAUGUGGUUUUGGGCUGUGAAGGAACUACUGAUCACUUCUGUGCAACCACCAUUUUUAAUAUGAGGUAUUUGAUGCAACCCAGAAAACAUUCUGAAAACCAUAGCCUUUCGUACGAGGGAACAGGAAGUGCUAAAAUGCAGAUGUAUUUCCAGGUUUUAGGACUCAUCCCUGCACCGCUCUACUGUCCACAGGGGGUCUCUCAUGAGACACAUCGUAGAUAAAGAGCAAAACCGUCUCUCGUCCAUUUCCCCCUCACAUGCUCUGUGAUUAAUCCUGCCAUAGAAAAGUCAUGUUGUCAGUCAGACCUUCCUUUCUGGAGCUGAUGUUGCAGAUCAGAGAGAAGCCCGACAUGCCCUCGUUUUCCCCCGAAGUAGUGUCAAAGUUAACGUGUGCAGACUUCUUGGUUUGCUUGGAGAUAUCUGAACACAAGCACAACUUCCUUCCAUUUCCACUCUCAGAAAUACACAAUCAGAUUAUUCAUCUGGCCGUGGUGUUCCACACUUAAAAUGUAAACAAAAGAAGCCCAGGAAGAACGUCUUUGAGUCGCUGAGAGCAGAUUUUACUGGGACGUAAAGGUCUCUAGGAUGUGCCCACCAUCUCUCAAAGCUUCGAGGGUCAAACCCAGACGUGUGUCAGACACAGGAACUCCGAGAUGACAGUCUUUGUGGUUCUAUUUAAUCAAUGAUGAGCAGAUAUUUUACAGGACUCAGUGUUGGGUUUGCAGAAGUUAAUGAGCCAGAUGAAGAUGAACAGAAGCUGCUUUUGUUAAGGGUCUAAUUACAUCGUCUGAUGGUCUCUGAAAAAAGCUCCAAUAAUCCAUCAAUCUAGACUCAAAUGUCACCCAGUUGCCACAUUUUGUUUGCAUGUUCCACUGAUUUUAUCCAGUGGUUCCAUAGUUCCCAGUUGAUAUUGAAGAGAAACUACAUAAGUGUGUGUGGGGCUUCUUCAACCGCCCCAAUGUCCCCUUCCCAUGUUGGUAUGAUGAUGGUCAGUCUUCUCCGAGCGUCUGUAAAGCCACUGAAUGAAACAUUUGAUCAAAGAUCACAAACAAACUGCCAGAAUAUUACAGUUGAACUAUUCUUUGUUUCUGAAGGGACACUUUGUGUGUGUUUGUCCGUUGUUGUGCAAGGAUGAAAAAAAGACUCCAUUUAAAUUAAGUGGUGCCAGUUUGUGUUGUAAAUCCUUUUAAAUAAAGAUGUUAUAGAAAACUGA